CGCCGGCGAGGAGGGCGGGGCCUCGCUGGAACCGGGCACCGCCGCCGCCGCCACCGCCCACGGCCGCCGCCGCCGCCCUGCCCGGCCCGGCCCGGCCCGGAGCGCCCUCAGCCCGGUCCCCUCCAGGGCCGCGGCCCCGGUGCCGGACGGGCCCCACGGGCCGGGUGUGGGCGCCCCCAUGUCGGCACCGCUGAAGAAGGGCCCCGGCGGGCUCAUCGGGCUGAUGAAGGACGCGUUCCAGCCGCACCACCACCACCUCGGGCCGCACCAGCCCGGCGCCGUGGACAAGAAGAUGGUGGAGAAGUGCUGGAAGCUCAUGGAUAAGGUGGUGCGUCUGUGCCAAAACCCCAAGCUGGCCCUGAAGAACAGCCCUCCCUACAUCCUGGACCUGCUGCCUGACACCUACCAGCACCUGCGCACCAUCCUGUCCCGCUACGAGGGCAAGAUGGAGACCCUGGGUGAGAACGAGUAUUUCAGGGUCUUCAUGGAGAACCUGAUGAAAAAAACCAAGCAGACCAUCAGCCUCUUCAAGGAAGGGAAGGAACGGAUGUAUGAGGAGAACUCCCAGCCUAGGAGGAACCUGACCAAAUUGUCCCUGAUAUUCAGCCACAUGCUGGCAGAACUCAAAGGGAUUUUCCCCAGCGGCCUCUUCCAGGGAGACACGUUCAGGAUCACCAAGGCAGAUGCUGCAGAAUUUUGGAGAAAGGCUUUUGGUGAAAAGACCAUUGUUCCUUGGAAGAGUUUCAGGCAGGCCCUGCACGAGGUGCAUCCCAUCAGCUCUGGGCUGGAGGCCAUGGCCCUGAAAUCCACCAUCGACCUGACCUGCAAUGAUUACAUCUCAGUCUUCGAGUUUGACAUCUUCACACGACUCUUCCAGCCCUGGUCAUCUUUGCUGAGGAACUGGAACAGCCUGGCAGUGACUCACCCUGGCUAUAUGGCAUUCCUCACCUAUGACGAGGUCAAGGCCCGGCUGCAGAAAUUCAUUCACAAACCUGGCAGUUACAUUUUCCGACUGAGCUGCACCCGCCUGGGUCAGUGGGCCAUCGGCUACGUCACUGCAGAUGGGAACAUUCUCCAGACAAUCCCCCACAACAAACCCCUUUUCCAAGCACUGAUUGAUGGCUUCAGGGAAGGCUUUUAUUUAUUUCCUGACGGCCGGAAUCAGAAUCCUGACUUGACUGGCCUGUGUGAGCCCACACCUCAGGACCACAUUAAAGUUACACAGGAGCAAUAUGAGCUGUACUGUGAGAUGGGCUCCACCUUCCAGCUGUGUAAAAUCUGUGCUGAGAACGACAAGGAUGUGAAGAUUGAACCUUGUGGGCACCUGAUGUGCACCUCCUGUCUCACAGCCUGGCAGGAAUCAGAAGGCCAAGGUUGUCCCUUCUGUCGCUGUGAGAUCAAAGGCACGGAGCCAAUCGUGGUGGAUCCAUUUGAUCCCAGAGGAGGAGGAGGAUUGUCCAGGCAAGGGGCAGAAGGAACCCCCUCUCCCAAUUAUGAUGAUGAUGAUGAUGACAAAGCUGAUGAUUCCCUCUUCAUGAUGAAAGAACUCGCUGGUACCAAAGUGGAACGUCCUCCCUCGCCGUUCUCGGUGGCUCCUCAGGCCGCGCUCCCUCCCGUGCCCCCCCGGCUGGACCUGCUGCAGCAGAGAGUGGCCAAUCCCCCUGGGGCCUCCAGCCCUGGCACCACCUCCAAGGCUGCCCCUGGUGCUCUGCACAAGGACAAACCUCUGCCCAUCCCACCCACGCUCCGGGACCUGCCCCCGCCGCCGCCGCCGGACCGGCCGCACUCGCUGGGCACCGAGAGCCGCCCGCAGCGCCGGCCGCUGCCCUGCACCCCUGGUGACUGUCCCAGCAGCAGGGACAAGCCACCCCCGCUGCCCUCCGGCCGCCAGGGCGACCUGUGGCCAGGCAGGCCCAUGCCCAAAGCCCCGGCCGUGGGUGUGGGCGCUGCGGAGCCGUGGGCUGGCAGGGAAUUGUCCAACAGGCACUCGCUUCCCUUCUCGCUGCCCUCCCAGGUGGAAUCCAGGGCUGAGAGCCUGAGGCUUGGCAGUACCCUCAGCCUGGACAGCCCGGGGAGCUCCAGCAGUGGCCCAGCAGCAACCUCAGAGUGUGAACACCCCAAAAUCAAACCCUCCUCGUCUGCCAAUGCUAUCUACUCCUUAGCUGCCAGACCACUGCCUGUACCAAAACUGCCUCCUGGGGAGCAGUCUGAGAGCGAUGAGGACACUGAAUACAUGUCACCAUCCUCUCUGCCUGUGGUGCCUCCAGGUCCUGCUGUGCAAAAACCAGAGCUCAAAAUGCCUUUGGAAAUGACUCAGAGUUUACGAGUUUUGGACUGUGACCAGCAGCCUGAGGGCUCCAUGUAUGAAGCAAUGUACAACAUUCACUCCCAAGCAGCAUCCUCUGCUUUCGAGGCUGUCAACACUUCUGAUGAAGGGAACCUGGCAGCAGCCCCUGCCAGCAAUGGCCCUGAGGAGUCCGAGAAUGAAGAGGAUGGCUACGAUGUCCCCAAGCCGCCGCUGCCCGUGGCCACUGCGCGUCGCACACUGUCUGAUAUCUCCAAUGCCACCCCUGCCUUCAGCCGAAUGUCCUUGGAGAACGACCCUGUCACAGGUUUCUCGGACGGCUCCCAAGUCCCCGAGCGGCCGCCAAAGCCGCUGCCCCGGCGGAUAAAUUCCGAGCGGAAAGCCGGGAGCUGCCAGGCAGGAGGAGCCAGCAGCGGGGCCAGCUCCUCCCUGCACCUCUCCAGCGAGAUCGAGAACCUCAUGAGCCAAGGCUACUCAUAUCAGGACAUCCAGAAAGCUCUGGUCAUUGCACAUAACAAUAUUGAGAUGGCCAAGAAUAUUCUGCGGGAGUUCGUGUCCAUCUCCUCCCCGGCGCACGUGGCCACAUAGCACACGAGCACCUCCACACCUGAGCUGCUGUAGGACCAACUGCCUGGGCAGCUGCUGCCCAGCUGUGCACCAAAGGGGAAGGGGGUUCCUUUAGAGACUUCGUGCUGAGGUCAGUCCUGCCUCUUUAAGAGAAUCAGUUAUCAGGUUUUCGUGGUUCCAGAUUUCAAAGCAGUGGGAUGGAACGGAGCGGAGCGGUGUUUUAUACAGUGUGUGUCUUGGAGUCCUUUACCCCUACCUCUUGUCUGAGAGAACAGAUUUAUUUCCAGGGUGUUGGUAGAGAAAGGUAUCGUGACAAGGGAUCCCCGAGCCGAUGCCCUGGAGGCUGGGGGGAGUUGUUUUGUGCUGUGAAUUUUAAGUGGAUGCUCAGAGAACAAAGUCUCGAGGUCGGUGUGGUGUGUCCUGUGGUUCAUGGUACUAGGUUUGGAUCUGUUCGCUGCUGUGUGUCUGGCUCAGGCUUUUUAGAAAAGCUGGGAGGUCACUUUCUGCUGGGAAUUUAUAGGAGACCUUGGAAGAAUCAUUUGAUUGCUUCCUUUUGUUGGCUGUGGUGUGUCCCUCUUGCCUAUAAUAAUAGCAGUUAUUGCUUCUGAUUCCAGUCCUCCCUCGCUGCCUGGACAUAGCAGGAUGAGCUUCUGUCAGGGGUUUUGAUCCUGGCAGUGCUUGGGCUUGGAUUUCUCUCAUGUGUGUGUGCUGCUCCUGCACCAGAUUCCAGCAGCUGGAGGAGCUUGGCGUGGUUUUGAGGGAGAGGGAGCAAAGAAUUUGAGCAAGAGCAAAGAACUGGGGCUGCUGCUUCUCCUCUCUUAGCCUUGAGCAUUUUGUGCUUCAGUGCUCAGAUUUGAUUUGUGGCCCUGCUGGGCUGGAGCAGCCGUCACUGGACACUCCCAUUGCUCUUCCCUAGGAAUGUUGCACCUGGUAAAUUGGAUGUUUUAUUUAUCUUCAUUGCAUGGUGGCUGUUGCAGACUAGUGGCCUUCACACCCAUUCCUCCAGAGAGCUUUUGCAGGAGCCAUCGUCGUGCCAGGGUGUUUUGUGGAAUUGGUAGAUGCAGCUGAUGUGUUUGUUGGAAUCUCACCUGCUUUGCAGUCACAGAAAUGCAGCAGUUCUCUGCAUGGCUGUGCAAACAACCUGGGGGCUCUCCUUUCCAUUUCCAUUUCUCUGAGGUAUUGCCAGGUCUGGUGUUAAAAGAGACCUGGGGAAAAAAUUCUUUGUUUGUGAAGUGAUCACAUGGUUUUAAAGGUCAGAACUCAGCUGUUGCAUUGGAAAAACCUGACUUGCCUACUCAGCUACUUAACUCUGUUCAUCCUGCAGGAGUGGAUGGUUCCUUUGGAGAGGAUUUAGAUCCAGGAGGCACAGACAGAUCACAGCCUGACAGCCUGAGAGGCUCUUGGCCUUUGGAGCAUGUCCAGCAUUAUUUGCACCUCCCUGAGGUCAGCAGAGGUCACCAGGCUAAGGGCUGCAGCUUGGAAUAUUGCUGGAGUGAUUCUGGCACUCGGGUGCAGUUUGGCCUUUUGAGGAAUCCAGAGGCUGGGCCAGAUGGCUGCAGUUGGCAGAGAGGCCUUGAGGAGUGUUAGCAGAGCAGAAAGUGGGGUUUUAAUUACAGUUGAGGUUUCUCUCUAGACCUACAGCUUUCUGAAUUGCUGCAGUGGCUUCCAGGCAGGCUGAACUGUCUCUCUUUCCUCCUCUCCUUUCUGUGGUGGAGAAAACACUCUGGGGCAGGGUGAGGAGAUCUGCCAUGCUCUGAGACACCACCCUGUGCUGGUUUGGGCUCAGGGCUGGCAUGGGCAGGGUGCUCUGCAGGGCACAGCCCUGGGGAAGUGGGGUCAGUCCUGGGGGAAGA